AUGUCAUACAAGACUCCCAUCUCUGAGCCCAUCGCGGUCAUCGGAGCGAGCUGUCGAUUUGCCGGCGGUAUCACGACGCCGUCACGCUUGUGGGAGCUCCUCGAGAAACCGGUCGACCUGAGUCGUGAAGUUCCUGCUGAGAGGUUCAACAUCAAGGCAUUCUAUCACCCGGACGGAGAACACCAUGGGACAACCAACUCUCCAAAGGCGUAUUUCAUCGACCAAGAUCAUCGCGUCUUUGACGCAAGCUUCUUCAACAUCUCGCCCAAAGAGGCUGAGGCCAUUGAUCCUCAGCAGCGCAUGAUGCUCGAGGUCGUGUACGAGGCCCUCGAGUCUGCCGGGUACACUCUUCAGCGGUACGCCGGCGAGAGGGUCGCCGUUUUUGCCGGUCUCAUGACUGGCGACUACGACACCCUCUCACAGCGCGACGAGCUUGACACCAGCCAGUACUACGCCACUGGCAACGCGCGCUCGAUUCUGUCAAAUCGCAUCUCGUACUUCUUCAACUUCAAUGGCCCAUCCAUGACCAUCGAUACCGCGUGUUCAUCCAGCCUGGUGGCACUGCAUCAAGCCGUCUUGAGCCUGCGAUCUGGAGAAUGCGGCAUGGCCUGCGUCGCUGGUGCCAAUCUCAUCCUUACUCCGGAGCAGUUCGUUGUCGAGUCGAGCUUGCACAUGCUCAGCCCCACUGGCCACUGCCGCAUGUGGGAUGCUGGCGCUGACGGCUACGCCCGCGGCGAAGGUAUCGCCGCCAUAUUCAUCAAGCCCUUGAGCCAGGCUCUCGCCGACGGAGACCGCAUUGAGGCCAUCAUUCGCGAGACUGGUGUCAAUUCGGACGGUCGUUCCCGCGGAAUUACGAUGCCUAACUGGAAGGCUCAGUCCCAGCUGAUUCAAGACACGUACCAGCGCGCAGGUCUGGACCCCAAUGCUCCCGAAGAUCGUUGCCAGUAUUUCGAAGCACACGGCACCGGCACCAGUGCCGGCGAUCCCAACGAAGCCCGCGCAAUCGAGGACGCCUUCUUCGGCCGUGACAAGGAUUCUACGACCACUCCCUCGGACAACAAACUGGUUGUCGGCUCCGUCAAGACCAUCAUCGGCCACACCGAAGGCGCCGCUGGUUUGGCUGGUCUUCUGAAGGUGAUUGAGAGCAUGCGCCAUUCCACGGUUCCCCCAAACCUUCAUCUGGAGCAUCUCAAUCCUCAGGUUCAGAAGUACUACAGCCACCUGUUUGUCCCUACCUCGCCUGUUGAUUGGCCAAACGUCCCGGCCGGCCAGCCAAAGCGUGGCAGUGUCAACUCGUUCGGUUUUGGAGGCACCAAUGCUCAUGCCAUUGUCGAGCAGUAUGUCCCGGAGAUUCACAACGCUCUUGCCAAGGUCUUCCGCCCGGGCCUCGAGGUGCCCAUGCCGAUCCGUCCGAUUGACCACGCGAACAAGUCUCCAAUUUGCUUGCCGCUUGUUCUUUCGGCCCCUUCUCAGAAGGCCUUGACCGUCAUCGUCAAGAAGUAUCGCGAUUAUCUCAGCCAAGGCUCUGUGGCCAGCGCAGAGGGAGUGGCCUGGCACGCUUACGGUCGGCGGACAGCUUUUCCAUUCCGCCUUGCUGUCUCCAGCCUCUCGGUUUCCGGUCUUGUUGCCAAACUCAACUCGCUCAUCGCCAAAUCCGAGAAUUCGUCGACAGCCGCCAUUGGCACCCGCGCUCGGCCCAAGUACGAGAAACCUAAGAUCCUCGGCGUCUUCACUGGCCAGGGCGCUCAGUGGGCGACGAUGUCUCGCGGCCUGAUGCUUUCUAGCAGGGUAUAUGCCAACACCAUUCGGUCACUCGACGAAAUCCUUCGAACUUGCCCUGAUCCGCCUACUUGGUCAUUGGAGCAGGAAAUCAUGGCCGACGACGGGCUCUCCAGGGUGCAGACGGCCUCUGUCUCGCAGCCCCUUUGCACUGCCGUUCAGCUUGCUCUGAUCGAGCUUCUUCGCCAUCUCGGGAUUGCUUUCCACACGGUUAUCGGCCACUCUUCCGGCGAAAUUGCUGCGGCAUAUGCGGCUUUCAAAAUUUCCCUUCGCGACGCCAUCUUGAUCUCCCAUUAUCGCGGGCUGGGUGUGCACAUAGCUUGCAGUGCCAACGGCGCCAAGGGCGGAAUGCUUGCAGCUAACUUGACCAAGGCAGAUGCCACCGAGUUCUGUGCACAGAAGCAGUACUUUGAUCGCUUGUGGAUUGCCGCGAGCAACGCACCGCGCAGCGUCACGCUCUCCGGAGACCUCGACGCUGUGAAGCAGGCAUGCGAGGACCUAGCCAAGCAGCAGAAGUUUGCCCGGCUCUUGUUCGUCGAUACGGCCUACCAUUCCCCGCACAUGGAGGGCUCCUCGGUCAAGUACCUCCAGACUCUGGAGGCUUGCGCCAUUGCCCCUGCGAAGGGUAACGGAACCAACUGGGUCUCCAGCGUAUACGGCGCAGGCGAGCCUACGGACGCCGAACUUGCUGCCGCGUAUUGGAAGGACAACAUGGUCAAACCAGUUCUGUUCUACGAAGCAGUUACCACCGCCUUGGAGACUCAUGGUGCAUUCGACUGCGCCAUUGAGAUUGGACCCCACGCUGCACUUAAAGGCCCUGUUGCCCAGAUCAUGAAGGAGAAAAACAUCCCGGCGUUCCCCUACUACGGCCUGCUCGACCGCAAGCUGGACGAUCGCGAGGCUUUUGCAAACUUUCUGGGCUGGAUGUGGACUGAGUUUGGAUCAUCCUUGCCCCAGAUACGUCAUUUUGUCGCCGGCUCUCUGCAGCCUGAGCUUGUCAAUACACGGCUCUGCGAUGCGCCAACCUACCCGUGGGACCACUCUCAGCUGUUUUACCGGGAAUCGCGCAUCUCUCGCCAGUACCACUUCAAGACUGACAAGCCGCAUGAACUUCUCGGCGUCCGGACCCGCGAUGACAACAAGCAUCAGCUGCGGUGGCGGAACAUCCUCAAGUUUGAGAAGCUUCCCUGGGUCAAGCAUCACAGCUUCCAGGGUCAGGCUUUGCUUCCCGCGUCCGCUUACCUCGUCAUGACUCUGGAUGCUGCGCGAGUUGCACUGGCGGGCCGCCAUGCUUCGGUUGUUGAGCUCCGCGAUCUGAGGUUUCCCAGCGGCGUCAUCCUCGAGCCCCAUACGCCGGGCGUUGAGGUUCUGUUCAAUUUAACCAUUGAGCAAGAGACAAAGAGCACAAUCGAUGCAUCUUUUACCCUGACAUCCACCAUGGCGGACGGCAGCACCAACAUGAAGAAGAACUUCAGCGGACGCCUUACCGUCGUGCUGGAGGAGCCAUCUGCCAGCGCUCUGCCGCAUCGGCCCAAGGAGCGGGCUGAGGCCUUGCACGCCAGCCCCGAAGCUUUCUAUGAAAUGAUGGCCGGCACUGGACUGGUGUACACUUCCCCGUUCAAAGCGUUGCAAACUGUCGAGAGGCGGUACAACUUUUCCUCUGGCACGCUGCACAAGUACCAUCCCGAGGACACCACAGCACUGUCCAUCAGCCCUGCCACACUGGAUGGAUGUUUGCAAACUGCCUUCCUCACUAUCUCUUCUCCGGGCGACAAGGCGAUCUGGACUUCUUUCCUUCCCCUGGGAAUUGACUGUGUCCGGUUCAACCUAGCCAUCUGCGACAUCAAGGACCGCGACCAAGACCAACUUGCUGUCGACGCAUACAUGACCAGGGAGACGCCCAUUACCUCGCAGACCGCUGCAUCUUUCACCGCGGACAUUGAGAUCUUCAAUCCGGUUGGCGAGAUGGAGAUCCAGGUGCAAGGCCUCACUGUCGGGUCGUUCAGUUCGACAAAGCCCGAAGACGACCACGAGCUGUACUUGACGACCAAAUUUGACAUUGAUCCGGACGACGAGAUUGUCUCUGCUGAUACCACUGAGACUGUGUACGCAACAAACCCGAUGCUCCUUGAGAGCUGUGAACGGGUCGCAUCGUUCUACGCCCGCGAUGCAUCUAUCUGCCGUCACCGGCCUGCGUCUUCGAGCCUGACAGAGCUGCCAGCAUUGUACACUUCAUGGCCGAACGAGACGGAGAAAACUUUGGACGCAUUUAUCCGCGAAUCUCCGUACUUUUUGGCUCUCGACUUCAUCCGCGAGCUCGGGAAGAACCUUCCGGACGUGCUCACAGGCAUACUUCCCGCUGUUAUCGAUGAGGCGCAUCAACUUGUUGGAUUCCAGCGACAUGUCUCCCGCGUUGUCCGCCAAAUUGCCCACAAAUACCCGCGCAUGAACGUCUUGGGACUAACGGAUCCCGAGUUGGGGCUGACCGAGCACGUUCUUGAGGGCUUGCAGGAUGCCUUUGUGCUCUACCGGGUCGGCUAUGAGCCCGAGAAGAAUUUGGGCAGCCGUAUCCAGGCCAGCGACUCACUCCGAAACAAGAUCAUGGUGGACAAGGUCGAUUUGACCACUCCUGGAGUGGAGAAGGGUCUGUCAUAUGACCUUGUGCUCCUUGCCACUUCGGUCAUUGAGUCGCAGAAGACCGCGAUUGUUCUCCAGACCAUCAAGCGCAUGAUGCGGCCGGGCGGCUUCCUGAUGCUGGUUGAUGUUUCCCGGACCCCGCUGAAACAUCGCAUUCGACGCUGCGCCGGCGUUGUUUCGAGCGGAAGCAACCUUCCCUCGCCGCCAGAUUGGCCAGAUGUGCUCGACCAGUGCGGGUUUGACUGCCCGAUGAAGAACGGCCGUCAGUACUAUCCUUCAGGUUUCUCACUGAUCAUUUGCCAAGCCGACUCCCCCGAGAAGCGCAUCUUGCUGCAUCCUCUCGCCAUUUCGCAUCCGCCUCAACUGGUCAACCGCCUACUGGUUGUCGGAGGGAAGCAGAUGUGGACUUCGCUCAUCGCAUCGGGCGUCUCCUCUGAUCUUGCUUCGCACUGCGGAGCUGUCGAGACUGUGCCGACUCUUGAAUCCCUCAACCCCGGCAACCUGGGCUGGUUCAAUGCUGUCAUCUUCCUGAAUGACAUCGACGAGCCGGUUCUGGCGAACAUGACAAAGGAGCGGAUGGGCGUUCUUCGGGCCCUCUUCAGGCCUGAGAUGAUGAUCCUUUGGGUCACGCACAAUUCUCGGUUCUACAACCCCGAUCAUGCGGCUUCGUUUGGCUUCGCUCGCACCCUGGCGGCCGAGACCCCGGGUUUGGUGCUGCAGAUGCUCGAUCUUGACACGCUUUACACUGCCCUUGCAGUGGGCACCAUCAGCGAGACCUUUGCCCGGCUGGCGACGGAUACAUUGAUCGAGCCCGACAUGGAAAACAAGCCGCUCUGGAUCAACGAGCGUGAGGUUCACAUCGAGAAUGGUCAUCGUCUUAUUCCGCGUGUUUUGCCCUGGAAGGAUGGCAAUGCCCGCGUCAACGCUCCUCGUCGGGUGGUGUCCAACACUGUCAACACCCUGGAGAAUGUUGUCCAGAUCGUUCACACCCAAUCGGAGAACCGAUUUGAUGUCAGGAAGAUUGAGGCUUUGGCUGAGUUACCAGAUCGGGUAACGAUUCAGGUGGAAUACAGCACUGCAGUGGCAGUGAACGUGGGAACAACAUCCUAUCACAUUUGCUUGGGACACGACUCAGACACUGGGAUGACGCAAGUGGCCUAUUCGGAGUCGAAUGCGUCGUACAUCGCCGUCUCGCUCCUGACCGUGGGCAGCAUCAAGAACAAGGCCUUAAACAAGCCGGCCUUUCUCGCGCUUGUGUCUCGAUACCUCGCGGCUCUCGAACUGAUCAAGGCGGCGCAUGGUCAACCGAUCCUCAUUGUGGGCGCAGACAAGAUGUUUUACGAGUGUCUUAACAAUAACGGCACUACCCCGAUUCGUGCUGUGUCGACUGAUGCAGCUCAGUGCGCCAUCACCCCUGGGAUGACCUACUUGCAUCCCAGUGCGCCGCUGCGGCACGUGAAGGCGCUGUACCCACCGGAAGGCGCCUGGAUCAUUGACAUGCUCCCGGAGACGAGCAAGCUCUCCCAGAUGCUUGUCCAGAGCCUGCCAAGUAACUGCAGGUACACGACGUACUCCUCGGUCAGCAAUAGUGAGACUACUACCUCUUUCGACGCCUCUUUCAAACGGGCUGUUCACCUCGCGCUCUUCAAGUCAGCGUCCUGGGAACACGACAUCGAACCACCCAUGGUCACGGUUCCCGAUCUUCUUCGGUCCGUCUCGCUUAAACAGGCGUUUCAGAUUGUCGACUGGAAGGCCGAGCGCUCGGUGUCGCAAAUCGUCAAGCCGCUCGUCGGUACUCAGCUGCUCGACGCGGCCAAGACCUACGUCCUGGUCGGCCUGACCCGCGACUUCGGGCAGAGCUUAUGCACUCUCUUCGUCCAGCAAGGUGCUCGCCACAUUGUGCUCUGCAGCCGGAACCCGCCCAAGACUCAGCCGAAGUGGCAGACCGAGAUGCUCUCCCACGGGAUCACUGUCCGCUUCGAGGCACUCGACGUGACCAUUAUGGAGCAGGUGGUGGCUUUCAAGUCCAAGCUUGCUGACAUCCUCCCGCCCGUGGGCGGCGUCGUCAACGGCGCCAUGGUGCUCGAGGACCGCGUCUUCUCGCAGAUGUCGCUCGACACCCUGCAGCGCGUCAUGAAGCCCAAGACGGUCGGGUCGCGCAACCUCGAUAUUGUCUUUGACAGCCCUGACAUGGACUUCUUUAUCAUGACCUCGUCGUUCGCGGCCAUUGGCGGCCACGCCGGCCAGUCAAACUACGCGGCGGCCAACAUGUACAUGAACGGCCUUGCCGCCUGGCGCCGCCAGCGCGGUCUUCCCGGUUCGGUCCUGAACAUUGGCGUCAUCUACGGUCUUGGUUUCCUGCAUCGCGAGAAGGGCGACUUGUACGAAGGCCUCGAGCGCGAGGGCUACCCGCCCAUUUCAGAGCGCGACAUCCACCACAUGUUUGUCGAGGCUAUCGCGGCCGGCAAGCCAACGCCUGACCAGAUCUACGACAUCACGACCGGUCUGCGGCGGUUCGCGGCCAACGACCCCAAGCUUGCCUGGCAACAUGAUCCUCGCUUCUCGCAUUUCACAACGCGCGCCGAGGAAACCGAGGCCGGCGAUGUCAGGGGUGGCGAGCAGAAGCAGAGCCUCAAGCAGCUGAUGGAUGCGGCCGCUACCAAGGAGCAGCUUGUCGAGGUGCUUGUGGAGGGAUUCGUCGACCGCCUGCAGAGCCAGCUGCAGUUGUCCGAGGGCAGUGUGACGGGGGAGCAUACCAUUGUCGAGCUCGGCGUGGACUCGCUUGCGGCAGUCGAGAUCCGGUCGUGGGCCUGGAAGUCGCUGGGCCAGGACGUUGCUGUCAUGAAGAUCCUGGGUGGCGCAACCAUUCUGAAGUUGUGCACUGAGAUCGCGGCGACUAUUUUGGAGUCUCGCAAGAAGGCGGGCGAUUCGGCGAAUGAUUCGCAGGACGGUGGCAAGAAGGCGACGUCGACGCUCAGCACUCUGGUUCAGCCAUCGGCUUCAGUUGGUGUUACUGAGGUGACCAACUGGAAGGGUACCACGGAUGGCAGCGAGGCGGUUGUGUUGUCGCCGGUUUUGGACACGAAGGGUAUGAAGCAGGUGUAGAUGUUGGUUGACUUUGAGGCUUUAUGGCUUGGAGUUGGUGGUUGACUUUGAGGUCUUCUUGGCUAAGAGUUGGUGGACUUCGAGGUCUCUUGGCUAAGAGUUGACUUGGUGUUUGUGGGGCGGGGGUAAUGGUAUGGAGAAGUACUGGCGUAAAUUGACUGGAUGGAGAUUCUGAUGCCGCGGG